AGAGAUGUGAUCGUCUCUCGUCUCGUUAUCGUGAGUCGGGAUCCGCUGGAAACCGCCUUGUCAUUGUAAUUUCUCUUUUUUGCCGCAAUACAUGGAAGAUUAAAGUCCAACAACGGACGGAGUAGGAGUGUCAUACGUCUCAGAGUUCGAUCGCCUAAUCUCGGUUAACAGCGACGUUACGUACUGUCACUAUUUUUUUGUUUUCCUUCUCCGUUUGCUCUUUCUCCUGCUUUCGCAACUGUUCGCAACCUCCCCGUUUGUCACACGGAGGAAGUCUCGCCAAGGGAACGGUUCUCGCUGGUGUUUUGCUCAACGAAAAUUUUCCGGUGUUUCACUCGUGUCUGAAGAGACAGAUUGGCAGGAUGGUUCACAAGCCGAAAGUGUACGUGAUCGGCGUCGGGAUGACCAAGUUCGAGAAACCAGGCAGUAGAGAUGACUUCGACUAUCCGCAAAUGGCGAAGGAGGCGGUUACCAAGGCUCUGCAGGACGCGCGGGUAUCCUACAACAAUGUGCAGGCCGCCUGCGUUGGGUACGUGUACGGCGACUCGACUUGCGGUCAGAGGGCAAUCUACGAGAUUGGACUCAGCGGAUGUCCCAUUUACAAUGUCAACAAUAACUGCUCCACCGGCUCCACAGCUCUCUACCUCGGCAAACAGAUCGUUGAGGGCGGCAAUGCCGAUUGUGUUCUUGCGCUUGGCUUUGAGAAGAUGGAGCGAGGCUCCUUGAUGUCCAAGUUUUCAGAUCGCACAAAUCCCAUGGAUAAGCAUGUCGAGCUCAUGGCAGAUAUCGCAGGUUUGUCCGAGGGUCCCAUCACUGCUCAAAUGUUUGGCAAUGCCGGGAUCGAGCAUAUGAGGAAGUAUGGCACCAAGCCUGAACACUUUGCAAAAAUUGCAUAUAAGAAUCAUCUGCAUUCCACAAACAAUCCGUACUCUCAAUUCCAAGAGAAAUACACCUUGCAGCAAAUUAUGAAUUCUCCCAAAGUAUUUGGACCAUUGACAAAGCUCCAAUGUUGUCCCACUUCCGAUGGUGCAGCAGCUGUUGUUCUAGCCAAUGAGGACUUUGUUCAUAAGCAUCAUCUGGAAUCACAGGCUGUUGAAAUUCUGGCUAUGGAAAUGUCUACUGACUUAUCCUCAACAUUUAACACUCAAUCGUGUAUAAAUAUUGUCGGGUAUGACAUGACAAGAAACGCAGCUGAGAAAGUUUUCACAUCGAGCCACUACAGACCAAGUGAUGUGGAUUUGAUAGAGCUGCAUGACUGUUUCUCCACGAAUGAGUUAAUCACAUAUGAAGCUUUAGGAUUGUGUGCUCCCGGUCAAGCCGGUAAAAUGAUAGAUGCUGGAGACAACACCUACGGUGGCAAGUAUGUUGUGAACCCAAGCGGCGGUCUAAUCUCAAAAGGACAUCCUCUGGGCGCCACAGGAUUAGCGCAGUGCACUGAACUUACCUGGCAACUUCGUGGUGAAGCCGGCAAGAGACAGGUGCGGGACGCAAAAUUGGCGCUUCAGCACAACAUAGGUCUGGGCGGUGCAGUCGUCGUAGCUCUCUACCGCUUGGGCUUCCCGAAACAGGCGGUAAUCAGAAGAAACAUGAAUGUUGCCGCCGAUUCGAGUAUCUUCCAAGCGGAUGUACUUUUUAAGACAUUGGCAAUCGCGAUGGAGGAAGACGAUGAUAAUCUAAUUGAGAGAAUGCGCGGAGUUUACGGAUUUAAAGUCAUAAAUGGUCCCGGUGGCGCCGAAGGAUAUUGGAUUGUAGAUGCAAAAACAGGCAAAGGCAAAGUUGAGUACAAUGGCAAAACCAAACCUGAUGUAACAUUCACGAUUAGCGACACCGAUAUCGUCGAUUUCAUUUCUGGAAAAUUAAAUCCGCAGAAGGCUUUCUUCCAAGGAAAGGUCAAGAUUCAAGGUAACAUGGGGCUCGCCAUGAAAUUGCCUGAUUUGCAGAAACGUGCCGCCAAAAAGAUCGAGCUGCUUCGUUCAAGAUUAUAAGAUAUUCAAAGUGCGGAGUUUGCUAAAAUACCACACUAAACAAAAUAUAUCUGUCUCUUUUUCGCGCGCUUUAUCUUUCCUAGUCUAUUUGGCUAUCAAAGAUUACAUUAUCGGCAGUUUCAUAAUUAUAAUACGUAAGUGUGUUAUGAAAAUUGGAUUUCAGAUAAAGCUACAGUCAUAAUCGAAAUAAGCAGAUGAUGAAAAAGAG